AGAGCUCUGGCCACAAGUUGGCGUCUUGAGCAUCUCAGGCUGAAGUCUCCGAUUAGCAAUGCACGCAUUCAGCUUACCACUGUCCUCGAUCGCAGCUGCACUCCACGCGCGAACGUGCCCUGCACGUCACUUCGUCGCUUCCUUUCGCAUUUACCAUGAAGUGACUUUGUUUUGGCCCCACUUCGAAGAAAGACUCGGAAAUCGUGUUCCCAGGUCGCUGCUUCAACAUGCCACGGUUGGGCAAUGGAGCAAGGAGCUGUGGAGUCUCGACGGUCUCUGCCAGGGGAAUAGUACAGUAGGGAUUCUACACUCCGUUAUGUUAUCUGGCGAUAAGUGACGAAAGUUGCGGCCUCCCGCU